GGAAUAGGGACGCCGCUGUGUUGCAUUCUGGGAAUGACGCGACUCUGUCAGCUGCGCAGCCUCCUGGGAGUUGUAGUCGCGAUCCUGAGGCACUUGAACUUGAAUCCACCUGGAAUUUAUUUUUGUAUAUGGAUUGAGAUGAAAGAAGCCAUUUUAACUUUAAGUUUACAUCAUGGAUAGCACAAAGGAGAAGAACAAUCGCAAAGAUGAUCUUCUAUUUCGGGUGGGACUUAAUGAUAAUAAAGCUGGAAUGGAAGGAUUAGAUAAAGCAAAAAUUAACAAAAUUAUAAUGGAAGCCACAAAGGGGUCCAGAUUUUAUGGAAAUGAACUCAAGAAAGAAAAGCAAAUCAACCAAAGAAUUGAAAAUAUGAUGCAACAAAAAGCUCAAAUUACUAGCCAGCAGCUAAGGAAAGCACAGUUACAGGUAUUAGUUAAAUUGCCAAAUGAAGUGGAAGCUGGUAUGAUAGUGACAGUUGAAGUGCAUCACACUCAAAUCAUAACUGAAAGCAAGGUUGACAGAGUUGCAAUGGAAUUAGAGCAGAGCCGGGAUCUGACCAGUACCAUAGUGCACAUUGACAUGGAUGCUUUCUAUGCAGCUGUGGAAAUGCGAGACAAUCCAGAAUUGAAGGAGAAACCCAUUGCUGUAGGAUCAAUGAGUAUGUUGACUACUUCAAAUUACCAUGCAAGGAGGUUUGGUGUUCGUGCAGCCAUGCCAGGAUUUAUUGCUAAAAGACUCUGCCCACAACUUAUUAUAGUGCCCCCGAACUUUGAUAAAUACCAAGCUGUGAGUAGAGAGGUUAAGGAAAUACUUGCUGAUUAUGAUCCCAAUUUUAUGGCCAUGAGUCUUGAUGAGGCCUACCUGAAUAUAACAAAACACUUACAAGAAAGACAGAAUUGGCCUGAGGACAAACGGAAGUAUUUCAUAAAAACAGGGAACUCCCUAGAAAAUGAUAAGCCAGGAAAGGAAGUUAAUACACCGAGUGAGAAUGAACGAUCCAUCUCUCCGCUACUUUUUGAAGAUACUCCUCCUGAUUUGCAACCCUCAGGAAAUCCUUUCCAAGAGAACAUUGAAGAACAAAAUAAUCCUCAAAUACUUCAAAACUCAGUUGUUUUUGGAACAUCGGCUGAGGAAGUGGUAAAGGAAAUUCGUUUCAGAAUCGAGCAAAAAACCACACUGACAGCCAGUGCAGGCAUUGCCCCAAAUGCAAUGUUAGCAAAAGUAUGCAGUGAUAAGAAUAAACCAAAUGGACAGUACCAAAUACUCCCCAACAGACAAGCUGUGAUGGAAUUCAUCAAGGACUUACACAUUAGAAAGGUUUCUGGAAUAGGAAAAGUUACAGAGAAAAUGUUUAAGGCCCUUGGAAUUAUUACUUGCACAGAACUCUACCAACAGAGGGCAUUACUUUCUCUCCUUUUCUCUGAAACAUCUUGGCAUCAUUUUCUUCAUAUUUCUCUGGGUCUAGGGUCAACACACCUGGCAAGGGAUGGGGAGAGGAAAAGCAUGAGUGUUGAGAGGACGUUCAGCGAGAUAAGUAAAGCAGAAGAACAGUACAGCUUGUGCCAAGAACUUUGCAGUGAACUUGCUCAAGAUCUGCAGAAAGAAGGACGUAAGGGUAGAACUGUUACACUUAAGUUGAAGAAUGUGAAUUUUGAACUAAAAACUCGAGCAUCUACAGUUUCAUCUGUAAUUUCUACCUCAGAAGAAAUAUUUGCUAUUGCUAAAGAAUUGCUAAGAACAGAAAUUGAUGCUGAUUUUCCACAUCCCUUGAGAUUAAGACUUAUGGGUGUGCGGUUAUCUAGUUUUCCCAGUGAAGAAGACAAGAAAUACCAACAAAGGAGCAUUAUUGGCUUCUUAAAGUCUGGAAACCAAACUCUGUCGGCCACUGGGUGUACACUAGAGAAAACUGACAAAGAUCAGUUUUUAAAACCUCUAGAAAUGUCUCAAAAGAAGAGCUUCUUUGAUAAAAAAAGAUUGGAAAGAAAAUGGAGCCACCAAGACAUAUUUAAAUGUAAAACUGUGGAUAAACAAAGUUUACAGGCAUCACAAUCAUUCCAAGUUUUAAAGAAGAUGAAUGAAAAUUUAGAAUCAUCAGAGAAUUCGGAUAGCUCACAGAUAUUUACCUGUCCUGUUUGCUUUAAGGGGCAAAAAAGCAUUAGCCUGGAAGCCUUUAAUAGACAUGUAGAUACAUGUCUUGAUGGACCAUCAAUCAGUGAAAACUCUAAAAUGUUCUCAUGUUCACAUGCUUCCUCUACAGAAGUUAAUAAGAAAGAAAGUAUACAUCAUUGUUUUUCAGUCUGUGAGAAGCAGGAUUAUGAAACCCAUCAGAAGAAUAUAGAAACCAGUUCAGUAGACUGUGUAGAGUUGGUAGAGACUAUAGGGAACCCACCUAAAGAAAUAAGUCUAGAUGCUUUAAGUAAUAAGCACGGCAAAGGGGACUGUUCUAGUUUUCCAAGCAAAUCAUUUAAUAUUGAGCACUGUCAUCAGAAUUCUUCCUGUGCUGUUUCACUGGAAAAUGAAGAUGUUGGAUCAUUAAGUAGGCAAAAAUCCCUCCAGCCUUAUUUAUAUGAAGUGGUAACAGACCAAGCUCUAGUUUGUCCUGUUUGUAACCUGGAACAAAAGACUUCAGAUCUUACCCUGUUCAAUGUGCAUGUGGAUGUUUGCUUAAAUAAGGACAUUAUCCAGGAACUAAAAAAAGAUAAUGUUAGUAUAGUUAACCAACUCAAAGAAAGCACCAAAAAUGCUGGUAACAGUGCAAUACAGAAGACUGUAACAAAAACAAAAAGGCCAGGACUGAUGAUGAAGUACUCAGCAUCAAAGAAAAUAAGACCAGACAAUCCCAGACACACUCUUGAUAUAUUUUUUAAAUGAAGAUUGAACAUUUUUAUCAUUAAUUUUUAAUUGAAACUUGAUAUUUUAUGAUCAGUGAAUCUCUUCCUCCUCAUCUUAAGUUUAGAGAUUCAUUUGUGAAAGACAAAUGCAAUAAACUCCCUCCCAAUGACAAUUCCUUUAUGUGAAUUUACCCCUGUAUAUCUUUUUGAUAAUCAUGAGAAUUCACUUCCAUAAUGUAUCAAUUAGAAAUCAGUGCUAUUAGAAGUAAUUUAAAAAUGAGGAAUUAGGAAUAGAAUCAAAAAAUGAUUUCUUUAUUAUGUUUUAAGGUGAAUAGAAAAGCAUAUUUAUAAGGGCUCUCAGAGUUUCAGACCAACAUUUUAGCAUAAGAAUUUUAUUUUAGUGUAAGAAUUUUUCAGUGUUUAAUCACUUUGAUGGCACUGGACUGCUAUAUUUGAUCUUAGUAUCUGCUACAAUUUUGUAUAUUCAUAUUUUAGCUCCUUGUAUCUUCAGAUACUUCAUAAACAUUCAUAAUUAUAAUUUAUCAUAAGUUCUAUGAAGAAUAUUAGAUUAGCAGAACUAGUAUGAGUGGUUUUGUUACCCUCAGGAAAAUAAUAUCACAGUAUUAUUUUCUGUAUUAAAAGAAUUUUUGCUUAAAAUAUGAUUAAUAACUUUUUUAUUUAAAAUUUCUUUAUCUUAUGAAUAAGCACUGUGUUCACUGGAAACAUGUAGUCUAAGAUUCAAGGUAAUUAUUUUCUUAUAUAAAGGAGUUUUAAAUGGCAGCAUUUCAUUUCUUAGCAGUUAUAUUUGUGAAAGAAUGCUUAAUUGUAGUUAGUUUAAAUAGUUGGUCCAAAUACUUCCAUUUUAUCAAUAAGAGUUUUUAUCAAAAACAUUUAUUUAAUUGAAAUGUGAAGAUGGAAACCAUUUUAUGUUACUGUUUUAGAAACUGAAUCUUUUGUUCUCUUCUGUUUUUUUCCUUUUUCCACUUUUCAUACUUCGUAGCUUAUUAUCUAAAUUUAUACUGAAAUAUUUUAGGAAUAGCUUAAAGUAGGAUCUUAACUGCCUUUGGCCAAAGUGGUAACUUGGAUUUUAAAUUACUAGAUUAUUCACAGUAAGGCUUAAUGUUUAUUAACAUGCCAAUCUCAUGCCUAAUAUUAUUAUAUACAGUGAUGAAUACAAAGCUGUAGAGCUAUGGUGCUUGAUUGUGUGAUUUAUUUAUGUGAAUUCUUUACAAAACUGAGUUCAAUGAAAUACUGAUUUAAUGUAUUAAAAAGUAGAUAGCACCAUAUUUAGUUUUCUGUCUUGCCUCAAGUUAAUUUUUAUUGUGUUUUCAAUAUUAUAUAAAUACUAAAUUAUUUUCACCUAGAUGAUUCGUUUAAUUGAAUGUGGUCAUUUGCUAAUAUUUAAUAAAAAUUUAAAAUAAAAA